CAGCCCGGGAGUCGGCCACCCCCGCGCGCGCCGGGGCCUCCCGCCAGCGCUCCGCUCCCCUACCCCCUCCCGGCUCCGCGGGCCCAAGCCCUCGGGCCCGCCCCCAGCCCGAGCCCGCCUCUCGGGCAGCCUUCGGAUCGGCCGGGCCAGCGCAGGCCCCCGCCCCGGGAGCACGAUGUUCCCCCGCCCGCUGACCCCGCUGGCGGCCCCAAAUGGCGCCGAGCCCCUGGGCCGGGCGCUGAGGCGGGCCCCCCUGGGCAGGGCCCGGGCCGGGCUGGGCGGGCCGCCCUUGCUGCUGCCGUCCAUGCUGAUGUUCGCGGUUAUCGUGGCCUCCAGCGGGCUGCUGCUUAUGAUCGAGCGUGGCAUCCUGGCCGAGAUGAAGCCCCUUCCCCUGCACCCUCCCAACCGCGAGGACGCGGUCUGGCGUGGGACGGUCCCCAGGCCUGGGAGGCUGUCCCUGGAUGCGGGGGACUCGGACUUACAGGUGAGGCAGGACGUCCGUAACCGGACCUUGCGGGCAGUGUGCGGACAACCAGGCAUGCCCCGGGACCCCUGGGACUUGCCGGUGGGGCAGCGGCGCACCCUGCUGCGCCACAUCCUCGUGAAUGACCGCUACCGCUUCCUCUACUGCUACGUGCCCAAGGUGGCCUGCUCGAACUGGAAGCGGGUGCUGAAGGUGCUGGCGGGCGUCCUGGACAACGUGGACGUCCGCCUGAAGAUGGACCACCGCAGCGACCUGGUGUUCCUGGCAGACCUAAGGCCUGAUGAGAUUCGCUACCGCCUGCAGCAUUACUUCAAGUUCCUGUUUGUGCGGGACCCCUUGGAACGCCUUCUCUCUGCUUACCGCAACAAGUUUGGCGAGAUCCGAGAGUACCAGCAGCGCUAUGGGGCUGAGAUAGUGAGGCGGUACAGGGCUGGAGCGGGGCCCAGCCCUGCCGGGGACGAUGUCACCUUCCCCGAGUUCCUGAGAUACCUGGUGGACGAGGACCCUGAGCGCAUGAACGAGCAUUGGAUGCCCGUGUACCACCUGUGCCAGCCUUGUGCCGUGCGCUACGACUUUGUGGGCUCCUAUGAGAGACUGGAGGCAGAUGCCAACCAGGUGCUGGAGUGGGUGCGGGCACCGCCCCAUGUCCGAUUCCCAGCUCGCCAGGCCUGGUACCGGCCGGCCAGCCCCGAAAGCCUGCACUACCACCUGUGCAGUGCCCCACGGGCCUUGCUGCAGGACGUGCUGCCUAAGUAUAUCCUGGACUUCUCCCUCUUUGCCUACCCACUGCCUAACAUCACCAGGGAGGCCUGUCAUAAGUGACCAUGGGUGUGAGCCAGCAGUUGUUGGGGAUUGGUUUUGACAGUGCCCCCUUCUGUGUUGCCAUACAGAGAAACCCUGGCUCUGGGGCCUGGGGCUUCUCCAGAUGCCUAGGUGGAAAGAAUUGCCCUUGGAAGUUCCUCGUCCAGGGUGGGUACACACAGUGGUUCAGAGGCCAGGGUUGGACAGGUGGCCUGGUGCUCUCCAUAGGGGGAUUUCUUGGGAGCCAGUGUGAUCCUUCUUGCCCUGGCAGGGCUAGAUACCAGUUUGCUAGUGUAGCAACGCAUCUCUUCUCAAGACUGGCUCCACGGCCCUGCCUGCAGGGAUUGUGCAGUCCACUUGAGCCACCUUAACUUAACCUGUAGCCAAACCCAGAGGAGGCAACCAUCAGGAGAUGACCACAGCGGGGGACCCUGUGGCUCUGAUCACCCAUUCAUCCACUCCAUGUGCCUCAGGGCUGGAGUCAGCAGUCGUGCCUUAUAAAUGACUUUUGUAUCUUUCCUCUUCAGACUUAGAAUUUCCUACACUUGCCGGGUUCUUUCCCUUUUUUCCAAGGAAAGGAAAACUGAAAGGGCCCUUCCAGGACCUGGCCCUGCAGCAUCCAAAGACCCCUGUGCCCAGCCUCUUCUUGGGACUCUGGGCACUCUCUCCCGUCCCCCAGGAUAGUGACUGUGGCUUGUGUAUCUGGCUGCCACUUUUCUGAUGCAUUUAUUUAAAAUUUGUACUUUUUGAUAGAACCUUUGAGAAGGCUUUGUUUUCCUAAUAGCUGAAUUUUUAAUAAAGCCAUUUUGUAUACAAA